GCACAAGAAAAAAGAAGGGAAGAAAAAGAAGAAAUUCUUUAAUCAAUUCCCUUUUCUUUUCUGAAUCUGUUGAAUUCAACCAUAUAAUGGAUUGGCGUCCCUUUGAUGUUACGGUGAUCUCCGCCGCAGGCAUAAAGAAUGUCAAUUACUUUUCUACCAUGGAUGUUUAUGUCGAAAUUUCAAUCUUAGGUUAUGCAAAAAAUACUAAGAGGACCUUCAUUGAUAAAAAAGGUGGAACAAGUCCUAAAUGGAAUUACACAAUGAAAUUCACAUUAGACGAACCUUCUCUCACAAAGUCUGGCCUUUCCCUCUGUUUCCGUAUCAGAUCUUCUCGCUUUUUCGGUGAUAAGGAUAUCGGAAUUGUCUCAAUCCCUAUAAAUGAUAUCUUCGGCCAAUCUAAUUCCGGCCCUGAUGGCAGCGCCGAAAAAAUUGUGGAGUAUCAAGUUUUUACCCCUGUUAAUGGUAAACCUAGAGGUACUCUCAAGUUUUCUUAUAAAUUUGGGAAGAAAUAUGAACAAACUUCUGAACCAAUGUACAAAAAUGUAAAUCAACUUAAUAGUAAUUACAAUCAAAAUAUGCCUGUUACGGCUUAUCCAUAUGGCCAGACAGGGGCAAAUAAUAUGCCACCACCUGGCAUGGGGUAUGGCACGCCGAAUCCCAAUCAUGGCAUGGCGUAUCAACAACCUGCAGGAGGAGUAGGAUAUCCUCCUGCUGGUUAUAACGGUGGUGGAUAUCCUCCAGCUGGAUAUCCAACAUCAGGAUAUCCGCCAACAGGAUAUCCACCGUCUGGAUAUGGAUAUGUUCAGCAACAACAGCAGCAGCAACAACAACAACAACAACAACAACAAGUUUACGGAGGAUAUCCACCCGCGGUGCAACAAGUGCAAAAGCCACAGAAAAAGAGCAAUCUUGGAGGGAUGGGAGCAGGAAUGGGAUUGGGUUUGGCUGGAGGGUUGCUUGGUGGUAUGCUGGUUGGUGAAAUGAUUUCUGAUGAUACGGAUGCCUAUGAUCAAGGGUACGAUGAUGCCAUGGACGAUAUGGAUUAUUAAAAUGAGGUCUAUGAAUAUAUUUUGAGUAAUUCUUUUGUUUAUAUUGGAGAUACAUGAAAUUGGUCUUUGGGAUUUGAUUAAA